AUGUCACAGACAUCAUCGCCGAGGAGAGUACCGGUGGACACGCGGCUCAAAGCACCGCUGGAAAAGCCAAAUUCUUAUCGUCGUGAAAAUCCAGAUAUUGUGUCUGGAGGUCCGUGGCUGUCAACGGUGUGGAGGUCCGUGGCUGUCAACGGUGUGGAGGUCCGUGGCUGUCAACGGUGUGGAGGUCCGUGGCUGUCAACGGUGUGGAGGUCCGUGGCUGUCAACGGUGUGGAGGUCCGUGGCUGUCGACGGUGUGGAGGUCCGUGGCUGUCGACGGUGUGGAGGUCCGUGGCUGUCAACGGUGUGGAGGUCCGUGGCUGUCAACGGUGUGGAGGUCCGUGGCUGUCAACGGUGUGGAGGUCCGUGGCUGUCAACGUUGUGGAGGCCCGUGGUUGUCAACGGUGUGGAGGUCCAUGGCUGUCAACGGUGUGGAGGUCCGUGGCUGUCGACAGUGUGGAGGUCCGUGGCUGUCAACGGUGUGGAGGUCCGUGGCUGUCAACGGUGUGGAGGUCCGUGGCUGUCAACGGUGUGGAGGUCCGUGGCUGUCAACGUUGUGGAGGCCCGUGGUUGUCAACGGUGUGGAGGUCCAUGGCUGUCAACGGUGUGGAGGUCCGUGGCUGUCGACAGUGUGGAGGUCCGUGGCUGUCAACGGUGUGGAGGUCCAUGGCUGUCAACGGUGUGGAGGUCCGUGGCUGUCGACAGUGUGGAGGUCCGUGGCUGUCAACGGUGUGGAGGUCCGUGGCUGUCAACGGUGUGGAGGUCCGUGGCUGUCAACGGUGUGGAGGUCCGUGGCUGUCAACGGUGUGGAGGUCCGUGGCUGUCAACGGUGUGGAGGUCCGUGGCUGUCAACGGUGUGGAGGUCCGUGGCUGUCGACAGUGUGGAGUUCCGUGGCUGUCAACGGUGUGGAGGUCCGUGGCUGUCAACGGUGUGGAGGUCCGUGGCUGUCAACGGUGUGGAGGUCCGUGGCUGUCGACAGUGUGGAGGUCCGUGGCUGUCAACGGUGUGGAGGUCCGUGGCUGUCAACGGUGUGGAGGUCCGUGGCUGUCAACGGUGUGGAGGUCCGUGGCUGUCAACGGUCUGGAGGCCCGUGGCUGUCAACGGUGUGGAGGUCCGUGGCUGUCAACGGUGUGGAGGUCCGUGGCUGUCAACGGUCUGGAGGCAUCCAUAGUAACUAUAUAUAUAGCUACUAUGAAUGGUUUAUACCUAUAGCCUAUUCAUAG